GACUGAGAGGACUGAUGCAGUUCUCAAUAUCAGCACCUCUGCUCAGCUGACAGUCCCCAUGCCCUUGGGAUUCCAGCCUCCAGAGACACCAGAUUCCUUGUCAGCUGUUGCCUGUUUUCCUUAUUUUGAUGCCUGCUGGCCAUGUCAUCCAUCCUUGGAAAGAUGAGGAAACUUGGCAGUUCUGAUGUGGAGGACUCUGAAGUCACGGACGAGCACACAGAUGGUGAGGAUUCCAUUCUGGGAACCCUUGAAAGCCUUCAGGGAAGCCAGAGCACAAAGGUACAGCAGCUGCCCAAAAGCAACAUCUUCGCUAGACGAGGCCGCUUUGGGAUGGGGGAUAGCGAUAAGAACAUGGCGCCUAUGGACUCCUUGUACCAGAUGGACCACGUGGGGCAUGCUCCCGUCAUCAAGUUUAAUAUCAAUAUGGAAAGGGCAAAAAUACACAAUCAAUUUGCCAAGCUCCUAUCUACCAAUUCCAUUGCAAGCUGCUCAGAAAAAGCUUUCAAGUUCUAUGACUGCAGAAGGAUCUUUGAUGCUGUGACCCAAGGUGACACAAGUGAUCUGAAUGACCUGCUGACCUAUCUCCAUGAGACCCGGAAGCAUCUCACAGACCAUGAGUUCAAAGAGCCGGAAACUGGGAAAACAUGCUUAUUGAAAGCCAUGCUGAAUCUGCAUGAUGGGAAGAACGAUACCAUUCCCCUGCUUCUGGAAAUUGCGGAGAAGACCGGCAAUCUGAAAGAGUUAGUUAAUGCAGAAUAUACUGACAACUACUACAAGGGUCAGACCGCUCUCCAUAUUGCCAUCGAGAGGAGGAAUAUGUACUUGGUGAAGCUCUUGGUCCAAAAUGGAGCAGAUGUUCAUGCGAGAGCCCACGGGGAGUUCUUCAGAAAAAUCAAAGGGAAACCUGGCUUUUAUUUUGGUGAACUGCCUCUUUCCCUGGCUGCCUGCACCAACCAGCUAGGUAUUGUGAAAUUCCUCCUUGAGAAUCGGUAUCAUCCAGCCAAUAUAGCUGGCCAGGACUCUAUGGGCAAUACAGUUCUGCAUGCCCUUGUGGAGAUUGCAGAUAACACCAAAGAUAACACCAAGUUUGUAACAAAGGUGUAUAACAACAUUUUGAUCGUUGGUGCCAAAAUUAACCCGAUGCUGAAGCUGGAAGAGAUCACUAACAAGAAGGGACUGACUCCUUUAACCCUGGCUGCAAAGAAAGGGAAGAUAGGGAUUUUCGCCUAUAUCCUUAGACGAGAGAUCAAAGAGCCUGAGUGUAGGCAUCUGUCUAGGAAGUUCACCGAAUGGGCCUAUGGACCCGUCCACUCAUCUCUUUAUGACCUGUCCUCCAUAGACACGUGUGAGAAAAACUCAGUGCUUGAGAUCAUUGCGUAUAGCAGCAAAACACCAAAUCGCCAUGAGAUGCUGCUGGUAGAGCCCCUGAACAGGCUGCUGCAGGACAAGUGGGACCGAUUCGUCAAACGCCUAUUUUACUUCAACUUCUUUGUUUAUGCUAUGCACAUUAUCAUACUCACCCUGGCCGCCUACUUCAGACCUGUGGAGAAACAUGGAAAGCCUCCCUUCAAAUUUGAAUACACCACCAAGGAGUGUUUUCGUAUCAUUGGAGAGAUCCUGAGUGUGCUGGGAGGUCUCUAUUUCUUUUUCAGAGGGAUACAAUAUUUCCUGCAGAGGCGGCCCUCGUUGAAGACUCUGCUAGCUGACAGUUACAGUGAGGUUCUUUUCUUUGUCCACUCACUGUUCCUGUUGAGUUCAGUGGUGCUGUACUUCUGUGGCCAGGAACUCUAUGUGGCAUCCAUGGUGUUCUCCUUGGCCCUGGGCUGGGCUAACAUGCUGUACUACACCCGAGGCUUCCAGCAGAUGGGAAUUUACUCUGUCAUGAUUGAGAAGAUGAUCCUGAGGGAUUUAUGUCGCUUCAUGUUUGUCUACCUAGUAUUUCUCUUGGGAUUUUCUACAGCUGUGGUGACUCUGAUUGAAGAUGACUAUGAGGGACAUGAAAAUGAAAGCUGUCUCUGCACCCGAUCAGGCCCGCUGAAGUGUGGCCGCACAUCAUACAACAGUCUGUAUUACACCUGCCUGGAGCUGUUCAAGUUCACCAUUGGCAUGGGAGAUCUAGAGUUCACUGAGAACUACAGGUUUAAGUCUGUCUUUGUCAUCCUGUUGGUCCUCUACGUCAUCCUCACCUACAUUCUCCUGCUUAACAUGCUCAUUGCGCUGAUGGGGGAAACUGUGAACAAGAUCGCACAAGAGAGUAAGAGCAUCUGGAAACUCCAGAGAGCCAUCACCAUCUUGAAUAUCGAAAACAGCUACCUGAACUGCAUGAUAAGCUCAUUCCGAUCCGGGAAGCGAGUCUUAGUGGGAACCACACCUGAUGACAAGGACGAUUACAGAUGGUGUUUCAGAGUCGAUGAGGUGAACUGGUCCACAUGGAACACUAAUCUGGGCAUAAUCAACGAGGAGCCCGGAUACAGCAUGGGCUUGAAGCGAAACUCAAGUUUUUCUUUUAAGUCUAGCAGAGUUUCAGGGAAAAACUGGAAGACCUUGGUUCCACUUUUGAGAGAUGGGAGCAGGCGAGAGGAGGCACAGAAACAGCCAGAAGAAGCCAAGUUAAAACCCAUUUUGGAACAUGAUUAUGAGCCUGACGACUCUGGGGCAAGGAAGUCUGUGUAGUUUUUGUUUGUUUGUUGUUGAAUAUAAUUGUUCUUAAGAAGAAGGUUAAUUAUAAGUGUAUUGUCUGUCUUCACAGACAAUGGACUUAGAGCCCUUUAUGAGAAUAGGGCAUUAUUGCAAAAGGACUGAGGAAGUUACUGUAUGUAAUGACUCGUUAAACAUGCUAAGUAAACAGCUUGUUAGUUAAGACUAUGUUUCCAUAGUGAUUUCUAACAUAAGUCUGCCAAAAAUUGGUCAUUAUGCCUCUGUUACUGGUUAGGUCUUUAUCUCCAGAUCAACCACACUAGAAGGCUCUCUCUUGAGCUUUUUACAUCACACAUGCUGAUUAAAAGCAGGAAAUAAACUUGAGUAUUUUUGCUCACGAGGAGUUUUCCUCACCUCCUAGUGGAAAAACUACAGACGGCCUAGACCUUGAGGUUUCCUACCUGGCCCCAAACAAGAGACACAAAAGUCUCUGUUGGAUUUCACUACUUGCUCCCCCUCUCCACAUCCUAACUGACCCUUGGGAGGCUCCUCAACUGCUUGGUGGAAUGCUCUAUAGCAGUCUUCUGCCUGUGGAGCUUGUCUGGAAUAGAGAGAAUGUCACAGCUUCUAACACAGGUACUCAGGCUGCAGCGAGCUCGAUUUAAGUUUUCAGUCAUCACACAGUCUGUAGCCCUGAUAUAGAAAUAUGGUUUUAUUGAAUAGGUUUUAUCUUAAUCUUUACCAUACCCCAAAAUUAUAGCAAUCACUGUCAACUCCCUGAGAAACAAACAGUCACCAAAAACUAACAUCUAUUAUGCUAGUACAGGUAUGAAAUAUCAGCGGGUAUGAUUUGUAAAGCACUGCAUGGAUACAAAAUGUGUAUCUGCGGAUAUAAAUCAGUAUCUGUGUAGCUGCGCAGUGCCCCGCACUGGCAGCUCCUCCAGCAUGGCCACUGGGGUGGGCACCUGUGGGCAGGGAGUCCCAUGGGCAGGGCUGGGGGCAGUUUUCUGAUAGGCUUGUCUGAGCUCCUUGACUUUCACGCGGCACUGCUCUGAGUCCCUCUUGUGGCUUCUCUCCAUC